AUUUCCAACAGACAUAACAUUAACUUAGCAGGAAGUUUUUGCGAUGAAAAGAAAAAAAAAGUAUCUGAUCUGUUUUCCUUGUCAUUAAUAUCCGAGGCCCAAGUUGGUCUUAGUGAAACAUGCGCACGUUUUCCGUGGACGAUCCCAGUUUCCACAGUGCAGACUGCUUCAGAAAAGUUUGGCUGGAGCCCAGCAAACAUUAUCGCUGUGUCCUCGUUCUCGGCGUCUCCUAUAACGUUCUUACCAUUCUAUCGGUUCGUUCUUCUAACGGUGGAAAUCAUUACACCCCUCUCUCACAAAGCGAGUGUAAUUUCAGUCCUUCACAAGUUGCGGGCUAUGAAUGAACAUAAAAGAGCGGCGCUGUUUACACUGGCAUCGUUGCAAGACCGACGUGAGUGAGCUGCUAGUCAAUUCGUCGCGCGGUACUUGGUAACUUAUCCCCUUUCACCCCAGUGAUUCAAAGAUUACAGUAAACGUAUACAAACGGCCCUCUUCACGCGGUCUCACUUGCUAUCGUGAGCUUCUGUAAAUAUUUAGAUUCGAGUCGAUCGGGAGAUGGGGAAAAAUGGGCCCGGGCAACCCGAGAAGGACAAGGUGGGUUGACUUUCUCCGGAUAAACGCAACCAUGGCGACCGACCCCACCCCUUUGUUUGGGACCGUCGUUGUGGUGAGAGUUUAGUGUGAACUUUUAAUGGCCGAGAUUACGGCAGUGAUGAUCAUGGAUAGACAGCAGUAUCAGGUCAAGCGGAGCCGUUCGGAACCGAUAUCACUGCAGGGAUUCUUACGGCCCGGCUCGCAGCCCAUCCUCACGGCCAGGACGGCGACAGGACGCGACAGUGCCGUGUCUUACACCAGCAUCGUGCCCGACGUCAACGUCCUGGGGACUGUCACGGAGGUGCCACAGAACAGAACUCCCUUCCGAUCGAGAAGGGCUCACACUUUUGAGAGAGUUCGAGAGUCUGGCAGCCUUCCACAUGUGAUGGGGGAACAUCGACAGAGUCCGAUUCUUACCAUGGGACCUCAGCUGCCGACAAUAAAAAUCUACCCUGCGCCUACGGUACAGAGACACGUACAGAGGCUGAGCACACAGCCUUCUGAAGACAGUGGGAAGAGUCCACUCAGUGGGUCGAAAGACGUCCCCCAUCUUGCCGUCAUCACUCAAAAACGAGUAGACACCCCUCCGUCACAGCCUAAAAACCGUUUGGCGGCGUGGAUGUCGGCUGGGAUUGACGACCCGAACACGAGAAACCGCGACAGGACGAACAGCCUCGUGCCAGACUCGGACGUUAGGAUCGAGGAAAUCAAGAGGCCUCCGAUCGACGCACACAAACGUAACGGGGAGAUACUACGGACAGGGACGGCCAGGAUAGCGGCCCCAGUGUCCACUUACGUGCCCUUGAGAGAGGUCUACCUGAAGCAGAGGUCGAAAUCGGGUAACCGUGAGUCCAAAGAAAAGACGCAGAGAAUUAUGAAGUGGUUGCAGGAAUUGGGUGACUUCACCCAAAUGGAAGAGCCGCCGAUUGAUAACAGCAGUGACACAGAGACCAAGACAAGUGACAAGUCCCUGCCGGACGUCACGUGACAACUAAGGACGCUGCUGAUCUACAAGCAGCAGAGAAAAUUCAGCGCGCGGUCCAAGACCACGGAGUCUGAUGUGGUCAUCCCGAGGGACGAUAGCAACGAACAAGCGUCCUUCAGAUGACUUUCACAGACGUUACUUAGCACAAAUGUUCUGUGUUUCAACCGGUUUCAACGCUCUCCAUCACCUUGAGGUGGAAACUAGUACGACUAGACCAGAUGGCAGAGAACGACCUACACAAGGAUGGUGUAAGAAGGAGAUAUAAGUCUGGUGAAGUCGGAGAAAAUGGUGCAAAAGUAGCAACAACAUUGGAUGAUUGGGUUCGUGGAGGUGGUUACUGUGUACUUUACCCUCCGCCAUGUUGUAACAGUGAGACAACGGCAGCAAAACAACAAAGGGGCGGGUAACAGGUGUCCGGGUAUCGGGUGCCCAGUCCCGUUGUUCUGCGGGAGAAAAGUUGAAAGGGCUGGACCAACACAAACGUUACGGGGUCGUGCAACUUACAGCAAAUGGCGCAGCUAGAAUAUUGAACACUUCUUUGUUUCUUUACGUGUUUGCACUGACCAUGACAAAACGUUUAUUUUUAAACUGUGGAUGAAACAUGUUCUAUACGUUCGGUAUAUUUAAACAUGCGUUGCAUACCUAAGAGUAUCGAAUAUGUUGAUGCGACUACAACAAUUCUGUUGCAAACCAAUGUUUUAGAACAUCCGAUGUUUUAAAGCACAGUCUGCUGAAGUUCAAUGUCUAUGACGUCAACGCACACGUGAUUACACAUGGCUGCUAGUGUUAUAUGACGUCAAUGUUAUAUGUGUACUACUCAUGACACUCUCGUCAAGCAUAUCAGAACAAAUUAAAUCAUAUGACUUAUCUAGAUACCGUCUAUUCUUUUGCUGCA